UGAGAGAAGUAAAGCAGGAAAAGAGGCGCUUCCUCCUCCCUCAGAGGCAGAGCUCGCUCUUCACGCACAUUUCCUGUCUCAUCCGUGACUCACGUCCAUCACCGCGCGCUUCCUCUCAGAUGAGGGAGGAGAAUGAGACUCGAGCCGAUAUAAGAGCAUUGAUCCGGGGGUCAGACGCGACGGAGCGGGUAAUGGAGCGUGUCGCUUUUGGAUCGGUUCUUCUCGUGUGUCUGGUGUCUGGUGCAUCAGCCAAUCCACACAGUGUGUGUAAGUCAUGUGACCCACAGCCAGCGAACUGCAAGUCGUAUCAGUGCAUCACGAACUGCAGCGUGUCAAAAGUCUGCCCGAGUCCAGAUGACGUCUGCGCCGCCGUCUGGUGGAGGGAGAAUGGAGUUGUGACGGUGGAGACGAUGUGUCAUGACCCGAUACAGCCGCUGUAUGGUGUGACGCUGGACGACUUCAGCAGCUCGGACUGUGUGCUGACCGUCAGAUACGUGAACGGGAGUAACCUCCGUCUGUGUGCCUGUACGGGACACGAGUGCAACGAACGCAUGCUGCUGAACAAACCCGAUAACGACACCAAGUUAGUUAUAUUGCAUACAUCUGAAACGAAAGGAGGGUUCAGACUCCCUCAGCUCUGUAUGUUCUGUGACAUUGAAUCUACGGCGUGUAACGCCACCGGCGUCUGUGAGUCCUCGUGCAACAUCACCUCCAUCUGCGAGAAUCCCGAUGAGGUGUGCGUCAGCGCCUGGAAGAGAAAUGAAGGGAACGCCAUCAUCGAGACGGUGUGUCACAAUCCGGCGUUCCCGUUUCACGGCCAGUAUCUGACGGACUACAACAACACCGUCUGUCUGAUGAAGCAGGUGAAGGACAUGGAGGAUUUCUACAUCUGCUCCUGCAAUCAGGAAGAGUGCAACGAUCGGCUCUUCUUCACUGACGACUAUAAGAAGAAUCUCCCGCCGGUUCUGUUGGUCAGUCUGCUUCCUGGACUGAUCGCUGUCGUCGUUCUGCUCUCGGCCUUCUACUGCUUUUACGCGGUUCGCCAGCAGAGUCUCACUGCGCCCAAGACCAAAGGCAUCGACAGCGAGACCUGCGCGAUCAUCAUGAGCGAUGACGACCGAUCCGACAGCAGCUCGGCCAACGCCAACAGCCUGAACCACAACACCGAGCUGCUCCCGAUCCAGCUGGACGCUAUUGUGGGGAAAGGCCGCUUCGCUGAAGUCUACAGAGCCAAACUCAAGCAGGGGGCGACCGACGAAUCCUUCCAGAUGGUAGCAGUCAAAAUAUUUCCCUACGAAGAGUACGCCUCGUGGAAAACCGAGUGGGAGAUUUUCUCAGACACCGAGCUACGGCACGAAAACGUGCUUCAGUUUCUAACCGCCGAGGACCGGAAGGCCGAGCGACGCUAUUGGUUGAUAACAGCCUAUCACGAGCGAGGAAACCUGCAGGAGUUCCUGACGCAGCACGUGAUUGGUUGGGACGAGCUGUGCCGAUUGGGCAGGUCUCUGGCGAGGGGCGUGGCUCAUCUCCAUGCUGACCGGACGCCGUGCGGACGCACCAAAGCGCCCAUCGUGCACCGGGACCUGAAGAGCGCAAACGUCUUGGUGAAGGCAGACCUCAGCUGCUGUCUGUGCGACUUCGGUCUCAGUCUGAGACUCGAUAACUCCAUGACUCCGGAAGAACUGGCCAACAGCGGACAGGUGGGAACGGCCAGAUAUAUGGCUCCUGAAGUGCUGGAGUCCAGGAUGGACCUGGAGAACAUCGAGUCCUUCAAACAGGCCGACGUUUACUCCAUGGCUCUGGUUCUGUGGGAAAUCACGUCCAGAUGCAGCGCCAUCGGCGAUGUGCGGGAAUAUGAGCCUCCGUUUGGGAAGCUGAAGGAUCAUCUGUGUGUGGAGAGCAUGAAGGACGACGUCAUCAGAGACCGUCUGAGACCCGAGAUACCGGCCAGCUGGAGUAACCACACGGGUGUCCAGCUGCUGAGCUCAAGCAUAGAGGAGUGUUGGGAUCACGACCCUGAGGCGCGUCUGACGGCGCAGUGCAUCGUGGAGCGAUUCAGUGAAAUCAGCAGCGCUGUGAUCUCGCCUGUCAGCUCCGACAACAAGAGCACACAGGAUUCUGGGAAUGAUGAGAAAUAGAUCCGAACCGCAGACCCCCGUCUGCAGAAUCACCUGAUAAAGUCCGUUUCAGACAGACAUUUGCACUUUACAGGAACAACCAAACACGCCAAAUACACGCUUGCGUACAGUACAGGUGAUGUUUAUUUAGCUAUGAACUCAUACUCGAUAUACAGAGCGCGUGUAUGAUGCCAGUCGCUCGUUAUGAAUCAUUAUAAGCUUCAGGGAAAAUCUGCUUUGCUGACGUGAAACAGUCAAACACAGAGGAACAUGAAUCCUGACGCAAAGGAUUCUGGGACGUGCACCAAGAAAAUCCAAGAGUUCUUUGUGAACUGACAGUGUUAUAAAUCCCCAAAGAUGAUUAUAAGCGAUAAAUCAGACCGAAUCCAGCUGAUUUAAGUGUUUAUUAAAAGAAAAUAUAGAAAAUAACCAAAGAGAACGUGAGCCAAAGAUGAUCCAGAUGAUGAAAUAUGAAUUCUGCUGUAUUUGAGACUCUCAGGUGAAGCUGUUUGUUUAUUAAUGUGAAAAUACAGUCUGAAGACUUUUACACACGUGCCUUACAGAGCAGAGAUUGAUUUCGAUAAAUGCUGAUCUAAUUCUUCAGGUUCAGCAUCUGAAAGCAAGUAUAAAAGCCUAGAAAAUGAGCACUUUUUACUAUGCAUACAGUAUAUAAUCAUUGUGUACAUUUGUUUAAAAACUUUAUAAAACAUCAUAAAAUCA